UCAAAGAAAAUGUGAGUGAGUGAGUGUAAGAGAAAGAGAGAGACAGGCGAGUCGUGUGCAUCCUCCUUUUUGUCAUACAAAUAGCCUUUUCAUUUCAAUCAUCAUCUUCUUCUUCUUCCUUUUCACCAUUUUUUAAUUCUCAUUCAUUUACUUUCGUCUCUCUCUCUCUAUAUACAUCUAUAUCUAUAUAUGACAUACGUAUAUGUACGUAGCUGAUAUAUUCUGAUGUGAUACUAUUCCGUUAUCCUUAUUUAUCAUUAUUCCGCGAUGAAUCCAUAAUUUCCGUUAAUUCUAGUCGCCGUUAGCGGCGGAGUAACGUCGGCCGAUAUGAGCUCGAUUAAUAACAGCGUUGAAACUGUUAACGCUGCCGCAACCGCUAUAAUCACCGCAGAAAGCCGUGUACAGCCGUCCUCCGUUCAGAAGAAAAGAUGGCGCGGCUGUUGGAGUUUAUACUGGUGUUUCGGGUCUUACAAGCAAAGCAAACAAAUUAGUCAUGCUCUCUUGGUUCCCGAGCCAAUGCCACCUGGAACUUCAGCACCCGUGGCCCAAAAUAUGGUCAACUCAAACGCUAUUAUAUUUCCUUUUAUAGCUCCACCGUCUUCUCCUGCAUCAUUUCUCCAAUCAGAUCCUCCCUCUGCCUCCUAUACCCCAGUUGGGUUGCUCUCAUUUAAAUCUCUUUCUCAAAACCCUCACUCGCAAGGAGUUUCAUCUUCAAUUUUUACUGUGGGCCCCUAUGCUUACGAGACACAGUUAGUUUCACCCCCUGUUUUUUCUACAUACACAACUGAACCAUCUACUGCUUCCUUUACCCCUCCUCCAGAAUCAGUACAAGUUACCACACCUUCAUCUCCAGAAGUCCCAUUUGCUCAGCUUUUGACUUCAUCUCUUGCCCGGGCCCGGAGACACAGUAUGGGCUCAAACCACAAGUUUCCAUUUUCACAAUAUGAAUUUCAACCCUACACUGGAAGUGGGGGUUCUACAAUUCCAAAUUCUGGCACAUCUUCUCCUUUCCCUGAUAAACAACAUCGUGUACUCAAGUUACGAUUGGGUGAGGACCAAAAGUUCAUUGGUUAUGAGUACUUCUCGAAUCGUAAAUGGGAUUCAAGAUUAAAUUCGGAAUCUGCAACACCAAAUGGUGUUUCUGGUUCAGCAACUCCAAAUGGAUAUGGGUUGGGUUCGAGAGUAGGUUCUGGAUCAUUGACUCCAAAUGGUUUGGGUUCAAGGUUAGGUUCUGGUACUUUGACCCCAAAUGGUGGGGAAAUUUACCUGAUGGAAAGCCAAAUUUCCGAGGUGGCAUCGCUUGCUAACUCAGCAACCAAUUCCCCAAAGGGAGAAACCUUAAUUGAUCACAGGGUGUCAUUUGAGCUGACACAUCUAGAUAUCGCAAACAAUCUAGAAUCGUCUUUUAGAACUUCAUCAGGACGUCACUGGGAUUCAUUAUUCCCUGACAAAGCUUCAAAAAAGACCGAGAGUCUUUGUGAAUAUUGUGUGAAAAAGAAAAACACAAGUGAAAUACUCGAUCCAGAAUCAGGUGAAGAAGGUAAGGAUAAACAAUGUUACUGUAAACGACAAUCUGUGAGCAGGGAUUUCAAUUUUGAUAACUCAAAUGGGGGAGUUGUUGAAGGGGUUUCAAUAGGUGUGGAGUUGGGGUCUCAAAACAACUGGACUUUCUUUCCAAUGUUGCAACCAUUGGUUAAGCCAAGCUAGACUGGUGGUUUAUGAACCGAGGAACACCUAAUUCCUGUUGAUAGUUUUGGUUAUAUUUCCAAUUUCACUCCUUGAUGUAUCAUGUAUGCAGUUUAUAUAUAUAUAUACACAUAUCAUGUAGAAUCGUUAUUACUUGGUUCAUUUUUACAUGUAUUAAAGAAUUUAAAUAGAAAGAUUAAUCUGUUGAUGGC